AUGAACUUGAUGGGAUCCACAAUGCAGGCCUAUCGAUUGAGGAAGAUAGAAACCUUAGCUAAGAUGUCGAAUCUUUCCCAAGACGACCUCGUGAAUGGACUACGAACAGUACAACAGGGACUGGACAGUUUGCGAGAUGAAAAUCAAUCAAUCGGACAGGGAUUAGAAGCGGGAAUAAAAGGUUUAAAAGAAGAUGAAGCUCCCAUGCCCAGAGAGAAACUUCUAUUUAUUAACGAAAACAUUAACAGCAUUUCUCAUGGCUUGGAAGAUAUACAGAUGAUGCUCUCAGUUUUCAAUUGUUUACAAGAACUUGAAGCUGAUAAGCAGAAGUAUCAUGCUCAGAGAAGAAGAUUGUGCCAAGAAAAUGCUUGGCUUAGGGAUGAGUUGUCCACAACUCAAGGAAAGUUGGCUGAUGCUGAACAGAAAAUAGCCCAACUAGAUGAAGAAAAUAAGCAUUUGAAAUACAUUAACAGCAUUAAAACCUUCGAUGAAGAUCUCUCGGGUGAUGCUAAGAAUGCCAUCUCUGAGCCAGCUUCGGUCCCCACCACAAACGAAACCCUUCAAGAACUUGGUUUUGGUCCAGAAGAAGAAGAAGAUAUGAGUGGAGGAAACUUUGCUGUCCCAUCCGCAGCUCAUUCCAUAUCUGCUUCUGCUAACGUGGGUUACGAGAUUCCUGCUAGACUCAGAACCCUUCACAACCUGGUGAUUCAAUAUGCUAGUCAAGGCCGUUACGAAGUAGCGGUCCCUCUCUGCAAACAGGCCUUAGAAGAUUUGGAGAAGAAUUCUGGACAUGACCACCCUGAUGUUGCUACCAUGCUCAAUAUCUUAGCACUUGUUUAUAGAGAUCAGAACAAGUACAAAGAAGCCGCUAACCUUUUGAACGAAGCUUUAGCCAUCCGAGAGAAAUGUCUUGGAGAAAGCCAUCCUGCUGUUGCGGCUACCUUGAAUAACCUAGCAGUUUUGUUCGGAAAACGAGGAAAAUUCAAGGAUGCUGAACCUCUCUGCAAGAGAGCUUUAGAGAUUAGAGAAAAGGUGCUUGGUGCAGAUCAUCCCGAUGUAGCUAAACAAUUGAAUAACCUCGCCCUUCUGUGUCAGAAUCAGGGAAAGUACGAUGAAGUAGAGAGAUAUUACAAGCGCGCCUUGGAGAUCUAUGAAAGGAAACUAGGACCCGAUGAUGCCAAUGUAGCCAAAACAAAGAAUAACCUAGCUUCUGCUUAUUUGAAACAAGGGAAAUAUGCCGAAGCAGAAGAACUCUACAAACAGAUCCUAACUCGUGCUCAUGAACGCGAGUUCGGUAGAGUUGGUGAUGAGAACAAACCCAUUUGGCAAAUUGCUGAAGAACGUGAGGAGAACAAACAGAAGGGAGAAAAUAUCCAACCUGACCAAAACGGAUGGCAGAAGGCCGCUCGUCUUGAUAGCCCAACAGUAGCAACAACGUUGAAGAACUUAGGAGCAUUGUAUAGACGCCAAGGAAAGUACGAAGCUGCUGAGACGCUAGAAGACGUUGCCCUCAGAGCUAAGAAACAGGCACAAGAGACUGCUCAGCAUGAAAGGAUGGUUCAGUUACUGGGCCAUGCUCAACGUCCACAGCAUGAACCCCUUCGAUCGACGGAUGAGUCGAUGACGGCCUCCCAAAUGAGCAGGAUGUCAACCAGUCAGUCAGUACAAGGAAUCAAAGGAAAGCUGAUGAACGCUUUCGGCCUCAACUAG